UAUUAAUGGCGACCGUUAGCGCCCCACCUUACGAACCGCAGGGGAUGGCACAUGGCACGGCGAGUUGAUCUUUGUUUGGCAUCGGCUUCUGUUUUUCGCGGUGUUUGUCGCGUUUGUUGACGGCAGAUGUCUGCUCGGCUCCAAACCAUCGACCAAACCGACUCCAGUCGAUAAUCAAGAUCAGGAGUCGUUAGGUCCGCGCGGACCGGUGGAGGGGGUGAGAACUCCUCACCUUACCUUACCUUACAAUCCACCAUUUUCUCCUUGGACUCACAGCUGUUCGCGGUCCUCUGCACAUCGACCAGUUAUCGAUCUUGUAAUUGUUCCUGGUUGUGACUGAUGAUGCAUGGAUCAAGGCCGGUGUCUUUUAUUACAGAUCGAUUGCUCACCGGGAGUGAUGAUGGUGAUAAAGAUCCGAAUAUCAGAAUGUUUUAGCCUGCUGGAAGAGAUUUGGCAAAGCUUCAUUCCACCCUGUUGAUCGACAACUGAUCCCAUAGAGUGUAGAGUGCUGGUUUCUCUGUGCUUCCUGAAAUGCGUCAAAGUACAGCAGGGUGUGAGUGAGCACACAUCUGAUAAGAACCCUCCGGUCUUAAGCUGCUGGACCUAGUCUCCCUUUUCCCAGUGCCUCUGCUCCCUCCUGGUCUGCGUCCAGAGUUCGAGAAUGAUGUACCCCAAAACUGCGGCUGUGCUGGGGCUCAUGUUUCUUCUGCUGCUGCUGGCGAUGCUGUUUUUCUACACCUCACCCCCAAACACCAGAAACAACAUUUUGUUUUUGGACAGAGCCAAAACCGAAACGUGCAGAACAACUUCUGAAGGUGUCAUAACCAAUGCUCUGCUGCGUUUAGUGAUCCCUGAGAGUUUGCAGGUACCAAAGCCCAACAUACUGAAAGGUCGUGAUGACGUGUUGACGGUGACACCCUGGUUGGCUCCAAUCGUCUGGGAGGGAACUUUUAACCCCCUUCUAAUGGAGAACAUUUACAAACCAAAGAACAUCAGCAUUGCAGUCACUGUGUUUGCAGUUGGAAAGUACAUCAGGUUCCUGAAAGACUUCCUGGAGACGGCAGAGAAGUACUUCUUUGUUGGUUUCAGGGUGCACGUUUACGUGUUCACAGACCAGCCAAAUGAUGUUCCCAAAGUCAAAAUGGGCCCUGACAGACAGCUAACAAUGCGUUCAGUGGCCAGUUCAAAACGUUGGCAGGAGAUCUCGGCUCGCAGGAUGGAGCUCAUUCAGAUGCUGAUAGAGGAGAAGCUUCACGGCAACACCGACUACAUCUUCUGUCUGGACGUCGACUCAAAGUUCCAUGGCCCCUGGGGACCCGAGUCACUGGGUGGACUGGUCGCUGUGCUUCAUCCUGGUUACUACCGCGAUGACCGCAGUAAGUUCCCCUAUGAGCGGAGAUCUGCUUCCAGAGCCUACCUGGCCCCUGAGGUUGGCGACUUCUACUACUGUGGGGGUGCAUUUGGGGGCCUCCUGCAGGAAGUACUCCGGCUUGCCCAAACCUGCCGCCAGAACUUUGAGGCCGAUGCCCAGGAAGGCAUCGAGGCUGCCUGGCAGGAGGAGAGCCACUUGAACAAGUACAUGUGGGUCAACAAGCCCACCAAGGUCCUGUCCCCUGAGUACCUGUGGCAGGACUUCAAAGCCAUAAACCCUGAAAUCCACGUCAUAAGGUUCUCUGGAAUCAUCAAGAACUAUGAAGAGAUCCGACCGAACUGAACCAGACUGACCCAAACAUGACUGAAAAUUACUGACAGGGUUUGGUAAAAAGCCCCACGAUACCUCAGCACACAUCUGAAUGUGAAUUGCAUCUUUCUACAACCAAGCCUUAACUACAAUUCACCUGGAGGAGAUCUAACUGCCUUAGCACAUUGUCACUACUGAAUCUUCCAGACUUGGGACCCCUACUGAACAUGUCUAACAUGUAGUACUUGAACAGUGAGCCAAAUAAUCUGUCCUAAAUUCAGUCUGUGUGACUGAAGCUACAACUUUCUCUAGACAGCCGGUACAUGAUGAAGAAUAGUUUUAACCAGAAUUAGCCCAAUAAACAUAGGGGACUUGCAUUAAUUAGGUUUUGUGUUCAGACAUCAACGUUGGUAAAUCACACUACAUGCUCCAAGUAAUCUUUUUGCAUCUUCUCUGCCCAAUAUUUUUUGAGUUCUGUCAGAAAUGCCCAUAUCUGCAUAAGCCAAACACGCUAAAUGGACUGUGUGCGCUAUUUUGCCUGUUUGACUAAUGCAGCUCUCUUUGCUCCCCCUUAGUAGAUCAGCUUCGUCAUACGUUUGUGUAAGUUUUUGCACACACAAACCUUUAGCAAAUCAGGCCCUAUGAGGUUAAACCACUCUUCCAAUGUAUGACUUUAGCUAAUUUGUAAAUACUGUACAUUUGCAUUUAUAAUACAGAUUGAAUAAGCGUGUUAACUGGGGCACUCUAGAUGUAUGUUUUCUUUUUGACCAACACUAAAAAACGAUUUGCAAAGAUUUGCAAAUAUAAUGCCUGUCAAAAUAUUGUGGUGAAACCUUUUUUAUGCUAAUUAUUGAUGAUGUUAGGUCUUCUAAUGUAAUCUGAUACAUUUAGCUAAAUUAAUCAUGAAGUAAUUAAAUUAGAAUAUGUGUUUUUUUAAGGCAGGUUAAAGAUAAUCUACUUAGGUAGCUAGUUAGCUGAUAGUGGUCAUGGGUUCAGAUGCACAGUUUUGUCUUUGAAGGGUACCCUAUGAAAACUCUAAUGAUUGUUUUUCUUCUUGUUUCUUGGUCUUGAUGUAUCUACCUGGGGUCAGCUGCAGCUGUUUGAAUGUGGUCUUGUGUUGUAAUUUGUCUGACUGUUUUUGCACUGCUGAGUAUCAGUUCAGGUACUCUAGGAAUGUUUUGGAAUCAAAACCAAGCAAUCUUAUGAAAGAACGGGUUCAACGGGUUUUUGUUUCCAUGAGAAAUUUUACACAAUAAAACAUGGCACUUCA